GCGUCACGUACUUCCCCCAAUGCUAAGUGCUUUUGGCUAACUCUUCCUCUGGACUUAAUUCUGUUUAUGCCGUUCUGUCGCAAGCCGCUGUCAUUUUCACAGAGGAAAUAGUAGAUUUAAAUGCCACAGUGACUCCGGGCUGGACGCAUUUCACAAUCCAGUUUUCCCCCCGGGGAAGCACAUCUAGCUGAUCAACUUUGAAUCUUCGCCGUUAGCCGGGGCGCUGCGGGAGUUUAGGGAGGUGUCAGCUCUGCUCAGGGGUGGGACCCGACUUCGCUGAACUUUACAAGAACCAGCUCACACUGUCCGACCGUGUGAAGGGCUCGGGUAGAGAUAUUUCAGCGCCUUGCCUAACAUCGCCUUUUCCUUUCCAAAGGUCAGUAUAGGAUCGUGUCCUAUAGAUCACCAUGUUUAGCUGGUCUAAAGGGAACGGGAAGAAAGACCCGGAGCUUUUCCAGAACGUGUCUGAUGGACUCAAGCGCCUCUACCGCAACAAGCUCUUCCCUCUGGAGGACACCUAUCGCUUCCACGACUUCCAUUCACCGGCGCUGGAAGAUGCCGAUUUCGACAACAAGCCCAUGGUCCUUUUGGUCGGUCAGUAUUCGACCGGCAAGACGACCUUCAUCCGGCAUCUCAUGGAGCAGGAUUUCCCCGGCAUGCGGAUAGGCCCCGAGCCCACCACCGACUCCUUCAUCGCGGUGAUGCACGGAGAGCAGGAGGGCGUCAUACCGGGCAAUGCCCUGGUGGUGGACCCCAAGAAACCCUUCAGAAAGCUUAACGCGUUUGGCAACGCUUUCUUGAACAGGUUUAUGUGUGCACAGUUGAAAAACCCAGUCUUGGAGAGUAUCAGUAUCAUCGAUACUCCAGGCAUCCUGUCUGGGGAGAAACAGAGGAUCAGCCGAGGCUAUGACUUUGCGGCUGUGCUGGAGUGGUUUGCUGAACGAGUGGACCGCAUUAUCCUGCUCUUCGAUGCUCACAAGCUGGAUAUCUCAGAUGAGUUCUCUGAGGUGAUCAAGGCCUUGAAAAACCAUGAAGACAAGAUGCGUGUGGUGCUGAACAAAGCGGACCAGAUCAGCACACAGCAGCUGAUGAGAGUGUAUGGCGCUCUCAUGUGGUCAUUAGGGAAGAUCAUUAACACCCCAGAGGUGGUGCGGGUCUACAUCGGCUCGUUCUGGGCGCAGCCUCUCCUGGUGACAGACAACAGGAAGCUGUUUGAAGCCGAGGAACAGGAUCUCUUCCGAGACAUUCAGAGUCUUCCACGGAAUGCUGCCCUGAGAAAGCUGAACGAUCUGAUCAAGAGGGCACGUCUCGCCAAGGUUCAUGCCUACAUCAUCACCUCACUGAAGAAGGAGAUGCCCAGUGUGUUUGGGAAAGAUACCAAGAAGAAAGAGCUCAUAUCUAACCUGGGUGCCAUCUAUGAGAAAAUAGAGAAGGAACACAACAUCUCUCCAGGAGACUUCCCCAACCUCAAGAAGAUGCAGGAACUCCUGGUUGGUCAAGACUUCAACAAGUUCCCUGCCUUGAAGCCCAAACUGCUAGAGACCGUUGAGGACAUGCUGGCCCACGAUAUCGCCAAGCUCAUGACCCUUGUGCGGCAGGAGGAGGCAUCCAUGCCCAACCAAAUGGUGAAAGGUGGUGCUUUUGAUGGCACAAUGAAUGGGCCAUUUGGCCACGGCUAUGGUGAGGGUGCCGGAGAGGGCAUCGAUGAGCUGGAGUGGGUGGUGGGCCGUGACAAGCCAUCCUAUGAUGAGAUCUUCUAUACACUGUCCCCUGUUAAUGGCAAGGUGUCUGGCGCUGCUGCCAAGAAGGAGAUGCUGAAGUCCAAGCUGCCUAACACAGUGCUCGGCAAGAUCUGGACCCUGGCUGACGUGGACAAGGACGGUUUCCUGGAUGACGAGGAGUUUGCUCUGGCCAACCAUCUGAUCAAAGUGAAGCUCGAGGGAUACGAGCUUCCUGCUAAACUGCCCACUCACCUUGUGCCACCUUCCAAGCGUGGUCAGGAGCAACAGUGAGUUGCUGUACUGAUCUUUCAACUUUACGGCUGUGGCUCUCACCUCAGGCUUCAACUCCACUAGCCAUUCCACUUAUUUGUUCCGAAAGCAGUCUCACCAGCCCUCCUCAUUUCAGCAUGCCUUUUUCAUUGUUAAAGGUACAAUUAGGUGUUUUGAAUGGCUGUUCCAGUUGGUGUACAUAUGACUUACAUGUUCCUUGUAUGUAGUGACAGUUUUCCUUUUUUUUUAUUUUUUCUUUUUUUUAGUUUUAUGGCCAUUAUUCAUUGAGAGCUGUUCAUUUUUUGCAUCCCAAGGUAUCUUAUUUUGAUGGCACGUUGCAUAUGUUAGUACCUUGAUCAGGUUCUAAAGACCUAAAGAAUAUGUGAGAAUGAAUAUCUGGAAUGGCCUUGGAGAUCCAGUAACUGUUCUGACAACCUGAGCUCUGAGAAGUGAAACCAAAAAGAUCUAAUGUGCCAGUGAGAGACUUGUGGGUUUGUAUUUAAAUGGAAAGACAUGCCACUUUCAGUAGAGUUGUCCACAAAAAGACUGCAGAAGGACUUUGGUACUCAAGGCAGAGGAUGACUGUUUUGGUUGAGUAUUGGAAAAAUGUUCGCUGUGUUAGGGGUGACUUAUGGAAAAAACAAAAUGUGAAAUAACCUCUCCAUCCACUUUAAAGACUUACCUUGUUCUUCCACUCACUAGCCACUUUGAGCUCUUGUACCUUAUAGGUCCACUACCAACUGUAGCACAGCUGUUCUCCGGCACAGUACGUCAAAUACUCUCUACCUUGUUCAUCAUCGGUCCAUUUCUGACCACAAGACUAUGUACUACAUGAUGUUUCUCUGUGUGUGGAAACUGGUCAUUGUCGAGUUAUAUAAUGCCCAGAUUGUGUAUCAACAGAUGGGCUAUAAUCCCUAACUGUACCUGGACCUACAAGGAAAGUGUUUCUAAUAAUGUGGCUGGUGAGUGCAUUUGUAUAUGAUAUUCCAUAAUAUAAUUUUUUUUUUGCAAUACUUAAUUUAUUCUUCUUAAAAAUCUGUAUUUUUAUAUCUUAGAAAUUUGACAGCUAUGAAAUUUUCUCUUGAUUUCUGUACCUAUCUAUGAUGACAGUCAUGCAGAUUUCAGUCUUUUCAGAGGUGUUGGGAUUUCAUAUGCUUUAGCUCUUAUAAUGAAUUCUCAUAGUACUCUGGAAUAAAAUAAAAAAUUAUUAAUAAAUAAACUAUAUUCUAUUGCUUCUAUAA